UAAAGUAUGGCAAGAAGUGCAGAAGCAGAAGUUGAGAAGAUGAAAUUAUUGGAGGAGAGAAUUAAAGCGCCUUCAAUCUGGGGUCGGGUGCCCUGCGGAGUACGUUUUGAGGAUCUACAGGAAAAACGGUAUGAGGACGCUGUGAGGUUGUUAAAGAACCAUUAUUUACCUGAAGAGUUAACAUACAGGUCUCUCAAAAUAUCCGAUGAUAAAGAGGGAGUUGACGAGUUCGUCCACAAUGUUAGGAUCUGGAUGAAGGAUAAAAUGUCAAUAGCUGCUGUUAAGGAAGGCACUGACAAACUUGUUGGAGUACUCAUCAUGAGGAUACAGGAGAAAAACGCUUUCACACGAACGUUUAGCCGAGUCAAGAUAACUUACAACGAGAAGUACACGACUGUGAUGAAAUUCUAUAAAGAUAUCGAGACACCUGUUGAUUUGUUUGAAAAACUCGGUGUGAAACGCUUUUUCAAGAUUUAUAUUCUAGCUUUGAAGUCAAGGUAUCGUCAUAGGGGUAUAGGGAAGGAGAUGUUAAAGGCGGCAAUAGCUCUCAGUGCGAGUGCUAGUGUUCCAGCUGUUACGGGUAUAUUCACAACAAGUCGGAGCCAACAAAUAGCCGAUGAGCUUGGGUUUGAGAAACACCACGAGCUCUAUUAUGUGAGAUACCUUAUCGAUGAACAAAUAGUAUUUUGGGAUACCGGCAUUGGUAACUAUGGGGCAGCGUUGAUGGCAUACCGGAUUCCCUCCGUCGAGGAACCUCAAGAAUUGAAGCCUCAGCCAUCUUCACGCUUUAAUAUACAGCCUGCUGAAGAUGACGAUGAUGACUGAAAUCUUCUU